AUGAGGGGGGAGGGGGAGUUCCGUUGCGAUGUUAUCUCCCAGGGUUUGAGGACAGAGAGACAUCAUGUUUUCUCUCUGGAACACAAAGCUGUAGGAGGAGAGUGGUGUUGGGUAAUAGGCAAAAAUCAAGAGAGGCAGAGAGCUGCACAUCACUGGCUCACAGAGCGGACACCACCUCACCCAGAUAACGGUUAGUACCAGCCAGGCUUUAGAGAUAUACCAUGCAUUGAUAGUUUUUUAUGCAGUUCUGUAGAGAUUGAUGUAUCUUUCUGUGUAUUAAUUUGUGUUUUUGUGCAUCUCAGGGUUUUUGACAAAGUAUUAAGGUGAUCAAAUGUAGUUUGGUAUAAUGCAACAAAAAAUAGGACAUGUGAAGAAGCAGACCUCUCAAGGUCUCGCUUGGAGACAAAAAAUUGUCCUUAAAGUUGCAUUGUCAAGACUUUGGACAAAUUUGUAAAUGUUUAGCAAAAUGUAUUUAUUGUUUUAUUCAUAGAGCCACAGCUUGAAAAGUCAAGCAAUUGUCAUUGAAUAAAUUCCAUAGAAACAGUAGCUAGAUAGUACCUUGAAGCUAAAGGUGAAUAGGCUGAUGAGGGAUUUGUCUGAUGCUUUUAAAAAACACACCCUGACUGUUUGUGCCAGCAAAACACACUGUGCCACUUUCAUUUAUUGUGAUGUGUUUCCCUCUUGAGAGCACGUAUCCCUCAGGCACAGAGAACCAUGGCGUUUACAGGGUUGCUGCAAGAGGAGGACAUCAGGGCUGCCGUCAAGGCUUGUCAAGGUGAGUCAAACACACACACACACACACACACACACACAAACACAUGUGAACACACAUAUGUGAACACACACAUAUGAACACACAAUUGCGCGCACACACACGCCCAAUAGGCUACUCUCCCAAGGGUGGUCCUAUAUUGGGGGAAGGUUGGAGGGUGGAUCCAGGUAACCAGGCAGCCAGGGGGCUGGGGAGAAGCAGAGCAGUUACCACCCAGAUACCAGAGUGUUUAUGCUGAGCAUUGAAGAGAAGACUAAAUCAUGGCAGUCAUGCAGGCUUCAUUCGCAGCCCACCAGCAUUUAAUUAUUUAGCUACACAUUACAUCUGCUUCAGAUGGCAGACAAAAGCACACCUUCCAGAAUACACCCACAUGUAAAUGCUUGUAUACUCACUUUUCAGUAUAUCAUCAGCAGAACUGUUUGUGGUAUAUAAUAUAUUAUUCAAAACAGACUUGAUUCAUCAUUCUCUUUCUCUGUUCUUUAUAAGUCAUUUGGUUUUCAUAAUGACCUAACUGACUCUCUGUAAUUGCAUAAACUGUGAAUAAAAAUGUAUUGAUUUAAACAUUUGAUCUGUAGCAUAUAGUCACACGCUCACAUUACAAUGGGUUCCCUGAGGUGUUCUGUGAAUCUGUGUGUUUAGAUUGUAUAAUGUCCUUAACUAGCGUAUUAUUGUCAGGGUUCAGUGGCAUUAAAAUGCUAGAGGGUCUGUGUUUGUGAUUGUGAAUGUCAGCAGUAGUCAAAUGAAAGUAAUCUCUCUAUUCAUCCCCCUCUCCAUUCUCUCUCCUUGUCAUGCUGUCGGAUCUCUCUUUCCUCACACUCUCUCACUUCCUCUCGACAUCUCUCCGCAUUUCUCUUGAUCGCUUCCCCCAUCUCUCCAUUAGCUCCAGGCACAUUCAACUUCAAGUUGUUCUUUGCACAAGUGAGACUGACCGGCAAGCCAGAGGCAGAGGGCCAACGGGUGUUCAGAGUCCUGGACCAAGACCAGAGUGGAUACAUAGAGGAGGAGGAGCUGAAGUAUGAUAUGAGUUGGGGAGGGUGGCUGUGUGUGGAGGGAGGGAGGGAGGGAGGGAGGUGCACGUGAAGGGGUUGCCCCAUAGUAUGUACACUAAUGGUCCCAGAAAUGUUCCAUACGCACAAAAAGCUUAUUUAGAUCAAAUUUGUGCACAAAUAUGUUUACAUCCCUGUUAGUGAGCAUUUCUUCGUUGCCAAGAUAAUCCAUCCAUCUGACAGGUGUGGCAUAUCAAGAAGCUGAUUAAACAGCAGUAUCAUUAGACAGGUGCACCUCGUGCUGGGGACAAUAAAAGGCCACUCUAAAAUGUGCAGUUUUGUCACACAACACAAUACCACAGAUGUCUCAAGUUUUGAGGGAGCGUGCAAUUGGCAUGCUGACUGCAGGAAUGUCCACCAGAGCUGUUGCCAGAGAAUGUAAUGCCCCAUGGUGGCGGUGAGGUUAUGGUAUGGGCAGGCAUAAGCUAUGGGCAACGAACACAAUUGCAUUUUAUCGAUGGCAAUUUGAAUGCACAGAGAUACCGUGACGAGAUCAUGAGGCCCAUUGUCAUGCCAUUCAUCCGCCGCCAUCACCUCAUGUUUCAGCAUGAUAAUGCAUGGCCCCAUGUCGCAAGGAUCUGUACACAAUUCCUGGAAGCUGAAAAUGUCCCAGUUCUUCAAUAGCCUACAUACUCACCAGAUAUGUCACCCAUUGAGCAUGUUUGGGAUGCUCUGGAUCGACGUGUACGACAGCGUGUUCCAGUUCUUCCCAAUAUCCAGCAACUUCGCACAGCCAUUGAAGAGGAGUGGGACAACAUUCCACAGGCCACAAUCAACAGCCUGAUCACCUCUAUGUGAAGGAGAUGUGUCGUGCUGCAUGAGGCAAAUGGUGGUCAUACCAGAUUUUAUUAUAUUUUUAUUUAACCUUUAUUUAACUAGCAAGAACUAAUUCUUAUUUACAAUGAAGGCCUACACCGGCCAAACCCGGACGACGCUGGGCCAAUUGUGCGCCGCCCUAUGGGACUCCCAAUCACGGCCGGUUGUGAUACAGCCUGGAAUCGAACCAGGGGGUUUGUAGUGACGCUUCAAGCACUGAGAUGCAGUGCCUUAGACCGCUGUACCACUCGGGAGGGGUUUUCUGAUCCACACCCCUACCUUUAUUUUUAAGGUAUCUUUGACCAACAGAUGCAUAUCUGUAUUCCCAGUCAUGUGAAAUCCAUAGAUUAAGGCUUAAUGAAUUAAUUUCAGUUGACUGAUUUCCUUAUAAUAACUGAAAUUGUUGCAUGUUGCGUUUAUAUUUUUGUUCAGUGUAUUUGUGUGUGUGUGUGUGUGUGUUUGUCAUGCACAUAGAAAGAGCCUGAUGUAUUCAAGCUGAAACAAACUAUACAUUACAUAUCAAUACAAUAAAGCAGCAUUGACACAUGAGAUGUACAUGUAGUUCUUCACUCAUCUCUCCUCUCUUUGUUUGUCUAUGCCCAGACUAUUCCUGCAGAAUUUCUCCUCGGGGGCCAGGGACCUGACUGAUGCUGAGACCAGAACUCUCCUGGCGGCAGGAGACAGAGACGGAGAUGGCAAGAUAGGGAUGGAAGGUACAGGUUACAGUACACUCACAUCAGCACUACACACACCUGACAGGAGAGCAAGAGAGGGACUGUCCAAUGCUGACAUCAUCUAGGCCUAAAUAUCAUCUUGAUCAUAGUUUCAUCUUCAUCAGUUUUAUAUCAUUAUAUUUUAUAUUAUUCCAGAUGAUAGGGGAUAUUGAAUCUGAAGGAAGGAAGGAAGGAAGGAAGGAAGGGAGGAAGGGAGGAAGGGAGGAAGGGAAGGGAAGGAAGGAAUGCUGCAAAGGCAAAGUGGAAGAAACAGUAAAUAAAUGCAAGCUUUUUCAACUUAUGUAAUAUUCACUGUGACUUGGCUGUGAGGUCACACAUCAGGUGAUCACUAUAUCUCUUUCUCAUUGCUCUGUUUCUCUCUUCUCUUGCAGAGUUCUGCGCUUUGCUGAAAUGAAGCUUUCACUCCUCAUAAGGGCUGUCUCUUUUUUUGCUUUCUCUUGGUACUUUUUACAACGUCUGGAAUCCAAAACGCCCAACUUCAGCAUGUCUGGAGGGAAAUGCCCACCUCAGCGACUCUAUGUAUAUGCCUGCUGCCACUCUCCCGGGUUGAUGGUGCAUCUUGGCACAUAAGUUCGUAGCCGGACAUCCAGAUAAACGUGGAUAUUAGAUGUAUAAGUGAGUGUCUGUCUAUCCAUUGGGUAACUGGUAUGGUUUAAUAAAGGAUCUAAAACGUAGAUAUGAUGUCCGUUUGUCUUACUACAGUCCCACAGGUUAUGUUGGCGUUUCAGUGCGUGUUUUGGGUCUAACGCUUUGAACACACCAACUGUCUCAUUGCGCAAAAUAGUAUGCAGCAUCAUCUAGAUAUGUGUGCAACAAAAGUUCAACAUUCACCUUCUGCUACCAUUGCUGUCAACCCGUUAACGCGUACAGUUUGACGCAUACGUUCGAUAAAUUCAACGUAUGCACCACACAGAACGCACUGCAACUACCUCUGUAACGCAAUGCUGCAAGGCAAACGCAGCGUUCCAUUGGAAAUGAACUUACUUCUGGUGUACCAAAUCGCAAGACACAGUCGGUUUGUUCAAAGCGUAAGCUAUUAGCCUGAUUUCCCCAGUGCAUUUUAGUUGUGUGCUCUGCAUGGGCCUACAAGAGACAACGCAGCUCUAAAUGUGAUGAUAUAAGCAAAGUGCCCACGGCUUGUACAGGCUGCAUUUCCGAUGCAGUAACAGGCAAACGAGAGGCUGCGUGCCUACAGUUCAGCACGCAAUGGACAAGACCCGGAGCCCGGAGGGUGCCAACUGCAGUACAUCACAGAGUGACGGUAACCUCUUGAGUAGCUGACGACGAGAGCGAUCAUUCAUCAAGACAGUGAGAUGAAUAGCCUAUUGUAAGCAUCAAUUAAAUCCAUCUUAAUUUACUUAUACUGUACUGACAGCGACACGCCAGUCUGAAAUGAGGCCAGACAGAUUAAAUAUGGUUAGAUGUGGGCAAAACAAAAUAUUUCUGAAAAAUGUGCAUGUCCAUAUCAGGGCUAACACCGCCUUCUUCUGGAGUGAAUUCAAAUUAAUAAUUUUCAGACCUAAAAAUGACUAUUUUGAUAGAUUGGUUAACAUGUGUGGUGGGAUUGCCUUUGCCCAUGAAGAAUCAUGUGAAUAAAAUAUAACAUUUCAUUAUUUAUUUUAAACAAAAAAGCCGAGAGCAUUCAUUUUGAUAUAUGCAUACAAUUAUGCGUAAUGUUUGGGUAGGCUAUAUAGGCUACACUUAUAGCCUACAUAAAGUAAUUUGGGUAGGCUAUAGCCUAUAGCAGUGUUCCCCAACUGGCGUCCCACGGGCCGAAAUCUGUUCCAAAGUAUUCCCACACAUAAUCGAGAGAUAAAUGUGAUCGUAUACAAAUGUAAGCAAGGUUUUAAAUUAUUAUGUUUUAGUCAAAUAUUAUAUAUGUUUGGGCUUAUUGCGGUCAAUUUGCAGUCUACAAAUUAUUUGUAAUUAUGCUCAGGACCCCUGACCAUCCAUUCAAGAAAAAAUCGGCCAGGCGGAAGAAUCUAUAUAAUUGAUGAUCCCUGACCUAUAGGCUAAACAUGCCUGAAACGUAUGCGUAGAUUAAAAGCGUAAGCCACUGCGUCGCUAUAGGCCUAUCCCUGACCCUGCAGCCACAUCUCACUAGGCAAAAACUGGUUGAAUCAACGUUGUGUCCACAUAAUUUCAACAAAAUAAAAUGCAAUGUGAUGAUAUUGAGUCACUUGGAAAACUGAUUGGAUUUGAUAAAAGUCAUCAAGGUAACGGAAUUUCGUAUUUUUUUCAUUCUACUGUUAACCUAAAUCCAAUGACAUGGUGACAUUUGCUGUUGAUUUCACGUUCAAUUCACGUUAGUUGACAACUCAACCAAAUAUAAAUAAAAACUAGACGUUUAACUGAUGUCUGUGUCCUGUGGGAUGGCUCUGCAUGGCAUCCCAGUUUCGUAAAUAGUUGUAUUGAUCUAAGGCUUUUCAUUCCCAGGCGGUAAAAGGUGACAGAGGACACUGACUUCGAAUUCCAUUCAUACCCUCUCUAUCCGUCUCCGUCUCCCAACCGACUGACUGGCCGACACUCUAUAUCCAACACCACACAGGUGACAUGCUAUUCCCAUUAGUGCAGUGUCGCAUUGAGAAAGGAAGGCGUUCUUUCUACCAUUCCAUCCAGGUGUAAACACAAUGUCAUGGUGAAGUUGUUUGAGAGCUAAUAAACUGCUCCUGUUGUGCGAACAUUGCGCAAAGCAGUGCAGCGCAAGCCCCCAUAUUGGAGUGGGCUAUAUAGCUGGUGUAGGAGCAUAGCAUUCAACCUAUGUAGCCAGGCCUAGUUCACACACAUGGACGUAAAGGUUGCCGCCGUUAUUUAAACUCAUUGUCUAUAAAGAAGAAUGACUGGGUGAUAAGAGGCUUAAUUUGACUGAAUUUGACUGAACCUGUGGACAGUUAACUCGCAUGGAAUUGUUAGGGGUCCUCUAUGCAGGGGAGUCGCAGAAGGGUCAGAAUACGUAUUACAGUAUAUCAAAGAUUUAGUGUGUAAUAUGCAUAGCUGUGUUUGUGUCAAUUAAUAAAUCAAUCAGAUCAAUCACGAAAAAGCAUGAAGUCAUGAAGAGAUGAAGUAUUCCUUUCCACCAUUUAUAGCUUUGGGUCUACCCUUAGCAACAUAUCUUACAUAUAUAGGCUAUAAUGAUAUUGACAUUCUACCCUGGAAACAGAAACCUAAUAUUUUGUAACUUUAUGAGGUCAGUGACCUAUGUGCUUAAAAUAUUUGUACAUUGGUAUCAAUAGGGUUGGCCUGAGACUGAGAAUUGAUAUCCCCAAACAACUGAUUUUCUUUUAUCUGCCCAGAUGCUUGAAUAGUUGGUAAAUGAAGUCACUCCCUAGCCUACUUUGGUUUCAAGGCGCUUAUGACCUUGUCACGUCUCUAGGCCCUCACACACAUGGCCCUGACUCAGGGCCCCUGAGCAUCCUCAUUUGUUACCUUAAAAAUAGCACACGAUUACUUCUGCAAUUUUUUUGCAAAACCGAUGCUGAGAUAGUAACUGGGACUCAAACUCCUAUAAAUGGUGUGGGUCACCGGGUCACGGGUAAAUAAAACAGAAGGAAAGGGUUUAGGGUCAGCCAACUCGAGUUAUAUACAGUUUUUCACUCUUCUCCAGAGGAACUUCAAUGUGCAAAGGGAUCUCAGGUGGGGGCAUUGAAUUGGAAUACAUCAGAAUAGUGAAUAUGGAACCAAAAUCUUACAUGGAGCACCGGACCUCUCAGUGAAAAUGGAUGUAAAACAUUUUAGGGACAAUUUUCAGCAGAGGCAAACUUGAUCAUGAAUUAUCAUUUUUUUUAUGGACAGCAGUUGUGAAUGUGGAUAACAAUUAGAAAAGAGAAAUUAGAAUAAAGUCACUGAUUUGUUCUCUUCUUUAUUUUAUUGUCUUUAUUUGCAAAACAAUACGAUGAUGAUAAUUAGAAGACAAAAUAAAAGUAGACGUACAGCUUGCAUGGAGAGUUUAUUUUUUUUAUUUUUUACUAAUGGGCUUGUAAAGCACCUCCUUUCAAAUAGAAACAAAUAAAGAGUAAUGGAAUAACUCAUAUUUUAAUUUUGCCAAAUGCCAAAAGUUAUGCAAAAGAGAGCAUCACCAAAAGCAAUGCCUCGAAAGGUUGGGUUUCCUGAGAUGGGGGUUAUUGUCUAGUUGCCUCUGAUUGGCGUGAAAGACAGGGUGAUUCUGUUACAGAUGCAAUGAAUAUACAUUUACUGAAUCCUAUCAUACACUCGUAUUACAAACAAAAAACGAAAACAGUAGCCUAUAUUUACCACAUAAACAGUAGGCCUAUAAUUGUUUUAAAUUGUGUAUUUAACUCUUUACAGUCGUGGAAAUUGGCUGAUAUGGAUAGGGAUAAAUUGAAAUGUUUCUGGGCUAAAUUGAAAUGUUUCUUACAGAAGAAAUAUGAAAAACAUAUGCAUAACAAUGGUAGCAAUUGAAAGGGAACAGUUUGGAAAUUAUGGGAAAAUUAUUAGACCAAAGGUGAGGACACAACGGUUCACCUGACACAAGACUGAAUCCAAACAUUACAUUGUUGAUUUUAUGUGCAUUUUACAUUUAAUGUACUUCUCGCCGCAUUUGUUGAUAACGAAAUCUGAAAAUACUCUGGAUACAUUCAGUAACAUGACACGACAAUUCCUGGAAAAUGCGGGGUAGGUACAAAAUAAGACAAAUAAAUGACAAGGGUUUGAGUGAGAGGACUAACUAGUGUCUCUUAGCGGCCACACACCUCUCCAAAGUGUGCACAGUUCCUAAGUCAUUUCAAUUAACUUUUAUGACUCAAAGAAGAAUCUUCAACUAUAAGGUGCUUUUUUGAGCUCUCCUAGAACAAGUACACUUAUAGUUAUUUUGUUAGGAACACAACCCUGCAUCACUGCCAUCACACAAUUACUGUUGUUGUUUAUGGAAUCCAAAAACGGUCCAUUAUACAUCGCAAUCUGGGUCAGGUGGGCAUAAUUUAAAAGCCUGUUCUGUUACCGACAUGACUAAGUUAUAAAAUACGGUCUUUCAGAGUUAGGCUUUCACAAGGCAAUUCAGGGAAACAGAUCAUCAUUUUGGUGCGCAUAGAAAGGAGUCAUGAGUGCAUUCAGGUGCGUUUGCCGCAGCUAAUUUUCUUCACAAAAGACAAACAUAGGCUGAUUCUGUUCAGAACAACCCAGAGUAAGACGGCAUCUCAUCAUCAAACAUAGUAAUCAUAAACGUUGACACUGUAUAUGACAUGGGUUUUAUGAUAUGGAAAUGUGAAGUGCACAUUUGGACUCAUGGGUGUUUGGCUUGCUUGUAUGACAUCAAAUAGGUAUUUAUUAUAAUCCUCAACAUCUCAUCUUUCAAAAAUACAUAGAGUCUUCUUAAUUACAGCAUCUUCCUCACUUAGAUAACAACAUCUUUGAAAAAGUUGCCCAAUUAGCAGGAGGGAUGGGGCCAGGCGGCAACUUCUUGUCGCAUGAGGUGCUCAAGUUCAGAACAGCUCUCAGUAAAAAAAUAUAAAUAACAUACAGUGCUGUGAAGCGCAGAGCCAGAGCUUUGACGUCAUGUAUAGCAUGUUGUACAGCCACUGCUUUCCAAUUUAGGCGUUUAUCAGUGACCAAAUCUGCCAUUUUCAACCAAUAUAGGUAUGAGUGUAAAGGGCUACAAUGUAUCUUUAAACACGUUAUUUCCCACGUCACUAAUUUGGCAAAGUGAUGAUGAAUUUUUUUUUAUACGUUUACAUUAUAAGUGCUUCUACACGCUGAAAAGAUUGAGAAAUUGGUGUUUAGUCAAACCAAAUCUGUGGCCGAAUUGACUGUGAAGUGAGGGUAACUAGCACUGCAUGGUUUGCGCCAAGUUGGAGUUGUGCGCAUAACGCACACGUUCGGAUCGAUUUACAGAGUUGGCACCUGUUUCUUCUCCCCAGUGGCAAAUAAAAUAUAAUAAAAACUAAUUUAAAACGUUAAAAUUCAGUAUCUUGUCUUUCUAUUCAUCUUAAUUUUAACCUUAUUGUAACCUCGUGGGUUAUUCACUCUUGAAAAUAACAUAAAUGUGAUCCCUAUAGUGUUAACAGUGUUAACACCUAAAUGUAAGAACAUUAUAAUUUGACAGCGAAUACAAGAUCUCUCCAUAAAUUUGCAAAUCACUGUAUUUGAUAUUCUAUCUAUUCCUUUUUUCAGAAAGAAACAGUGGCCGUCGGUGCACUUCUCGCUGCGGCUGAUGUGACCGCAGCUCUGGCUGCUUACUCAGGGAAGAAGACUAUACCAGUUUGUCAACGGAAAUCAGCAGGUCCAAUUUUUCUCCACUUCAGACCUACUACGUCAGAUUGUGUUUUACUUGUGUGUUUCACAAAGUACUCGUUGUAUAGUAUACUACAUUCUACAGUGCAUAAUAGAGCCAGAAAAUAUGUACAUUUGCAUAUCUUCAAUAUAUCACCAGCAUAGGCAGAUAUGGAAAUAGUACUCAAUAAGAUACAGAAGGAAGGACAAUCAAUUAAUCUGUGGCCAAUAUUAUUGUGAAUAAUUAGCUCAUAUUGGAAACGCAGUCAAAGUUAGGCUACUGCCAUUCUGAGAAACCCCUAUAAGAAACAGAGUCCCAUAUCACUUAUGCUACAAGCUUGAUGAGGAUGUCCGUGUGAUCAGUAAACUCUCACUUGAAACUCAAGUAAAUGUCAAUGAAAUGCCAUCAAUGCCGUCAAUGUUGAUGACAGUCACAAGUGGCACCAUGCAUUGACAGACACUGUCCAUCAAAUAGCGGCCGAUUCAUUCGAUAUCAAGAGCUUCGCUUCCAAGGUUGGCCUGGCCGCCAAGUCCGCCGACGAGAUCAAGAAGGCAUUUUUCAUAAUCGACCAGGACAACAGCGGCUUCAUUGAGGAGGAGUUCAAGUAAGGCACUUUAUCAUUGUCCAAUAACACAUUUGUAUAUGCGGUACACAUUUGAGGCGCUAUAGCCAAGUUCAAGUUUGUUUGUUUAUUCAUCAUCAUAUGGAGUACACAGUGCAAUGAAAUGCUUACUUGCAGGUUCACCUCUCGACAGUGCAGCAAACAUAGAAGAAAGUAGAUGGCUGAAGAAACAGUCAUAGAAAUAUUUACAAAACUCUAUGCUGUAAAAAUAGAAUAGUAAUUUAGUAAUAAUUUAAUUAAGCAAUAAGGCCCAAGGGGGUGUGGUAUAUGGCCCUAUAUACCAUGGCUAAGGGCUGUUCUUAUGCACGAUGCAAUGUGGAGUGCCUGGAUACAGCACUUAGCUGUGGUAUAUUGGAAAUAUACCACAAACCCCAGAGGUGAAUUAUUGCUAUUAUAAACUGGUUACCAACGUAAUUAGAGCAGUAAAAAUGACUGUUUUGUCAUACCGUGGUAUACACUCUGAUAUACUACGGCUUUCAGCCAAUCAGAAUUCAGGGCUCAAACCACCCAGUUUAUAAAUCAGAAUAUAAUACAACAAGGCACUCAAUGAAUUAAGACAGAUAUUUACAACAUGUGCCGUGGAAGUGUGCAAUAGAAUGUGCAAUAAUAGCAGACAUUGUUCAGUAUAAUAAAUAGGAGUCCAGUAGCAGCAGUCGUGGAGUGUGUUUGUAGCGUGGAUGUGUGUGUGAGCGUGUGAGUGGGAGUGUGUGUGUGUGUGUGCGUGUGUGUGCGUGUGUGUGUGUUUGGGUCUAUGUGUAGGUGUGUGUGAGUGAGUGCAUAUGUGGUAAGGUGUAUAAAGUCAGAGUUCAAGAGUUCAGAGGUCUGAUGGCUUGUGGGUAGAAACUGUCUCUGAGCCUGGUGGAUCGAGACUCGAUGCUCUGAUACUGUCUGCCAGACAGUAACGGAGUUAAUAGUCUAUGGCUGGAGUGUGAGGGGUCCUUGAUGAUGUUGCGGGCCUUCCUCAGGUAUCGCUUGGAGUAGAUGUCCUGUAUGGGUGGGAGCACGGUACCUGUGAUGUACUGGGCCGUCUUCACCACCCGCUGGAGGGCAUUGCAGUCGAGAGCGGGGCAGUUUCCAUACCAGACCUUCCAGGAUCCAGUUGCAGAGGAUGGUUUCCAGACCCAGGGCCCUGAGCUUGGAGGGAACAAUGGUGUUGAAUGCUGAACUGUAGUCAAUGAACAGCAUUCUCACAUACUGUAGGUGUUCCUUUUGUCCAGGUGUGAUAGGGCCGUAUGGAUAGCAAUGUCAUCUUCCAUGGAUCUAUUGGAUCAGUGGGCAAAUUGGACAGGGUCCAGUGUGCCGGGCAUGCUGGCCUUUAUGUGGGCCAUGACCAACCUCUCGAUACACUUCAUCAUGAUGGGGUGAGUGCAACAGGAUGGUAGUCAUUUAGGCAUGUCACCUUAAGUUUUUUGGGGCACUGGAACGAUGGUGGUUGACUUGAAGCAUGUGGUGACUACAGCCUGAGACAGGGACAUGUUGAAGAUGUCUGUGAAGACGCCUGCCAGUUGGUCAGCGCAUGCUCUGAGGAUGUGGCCGGGGAUGCCGUCUGGUCCUGCAGCUGUUUUCAAAACAGUCCUGGAGUAUUGAGUCAGCUCCGUCCAUCUUUUGUUUCACUAUUCUGUCUGUUGGUGGGUCCCUCUUCAGUAGGUUUUUGUAUGCAGGGAGUAGAAACAGGGAGACGUGGUCUGAUUGGCCGAAGUGGGGGCCAGGGGAUGGCUCUGUACGCGUCCCAGAAAUUUGGAUCCGUUCUUAAAUAAAAAUAAAUAAAUACAAUUCUCCCAUGAAGUAAUCCAACAAUGUGUGCGCCGCCAUCUUGUCUAUUUCAAAUCUUCUCCUUGAUCAAGACAGGGGAGUGUCAUUCAACACAAUGCUUGAUUUCUGAGUCGCACUCACGACAUGCGGCACCUGAGAGAAGAUUUCAAAUAGACAAGAUGGCGUCUUGUUGGACUACUUUAUGGAGCAAAACAUUUAUUUAAUUUAAUAAUGGAGCAUUUUCUUAAUUCAAACGAACCACCUGCAACUAGACAUGGAAGUUUAGAAGACAUGUGUUGUCUUCUGUAGCUCAGCUGGUAGAGCAUGGCGCUUGUAACGCCAAGGUAGUGGGUUCGAUCCCCGGGACCACCCAUACACAAAAUUGUAUGCACGCAUGACUGUAAGUCGCUUUGGAUAAAAGUGUCUGCUAAAUGGCAUAUUAUUAUUAUUCCAAGUCUGGAAUUGAGGAAGUAUCGCCAAGUAAAGGUUGGUUGAAAAUUCUCUGUGCAAUGCAUUACACUAAGUAACAAUGGCUAUCAGCCAGCUGGAACAGUAAUAAUGGUCUGAUUAGUCUAAGUUUUAAAAGCUACACUAAUCCAACAUCUCUCCCUUCAUCCUCUCUCUCUCUCAGGCUGUUCCUGCAGAACUUCUCUGCCAGCGCCAGAGUACUCACAGACAAAGAGACCAAGGUUUUCCUGGUAGCCGGGGACGAGGAAGGUGAUGGCAAUAUUGGAGUUGACGGUAAGAUAACCUUAACCCAGCUCAUCAUGUUUGAGGGACAUUGCAGGGAUGAUAUGUCGGUGUACUGGUAACAAAUAAAUUGGACAUAUAGCUGGGACCCAGAGUUUUUCCUGACCACAAGGAAAACUGACACUAGAGGAGAUUUGCUACAUUGACUGCCUUGUGUGUAUAAGAGCAAGAGGUUUUAUUUUAUUUUCAUACUACUGCAGAAGGUGUACAUUGAUUUUUUGAUUUGUUGACUACAUCAUAUUAUUCAAACAUGAACAAUAAGGUCAAUGUUCUUGGUUGGGCAUAUUUUUCACAGUACUACUUUUCGCAGAGUUUCUUGCCCUUAUAAAGGCAUAAUUGUCCAUUGACCAAGAUCCACAGUUUUUCACAGAACCAGAACUCCUAUCAAGACUCACUAACUUAUUUAUCAACUGCCUGCGGACUAUAUUUCUCAACACGGAGCACAAUGUCCUUAUAGUGUAUUGUUAAUGUUAUUUGGAUAUGUUAUAAUGAUCUGAAAAUGGCUUGUGCAAAUUGUACAAUCGUAUCUGCACUUCCGAGGAAUAGUGAAAACCCAGUAAUAAUAACUAUUUUGGUGUAAAUGUUGUCUUUCCAGCUUAGCCUCUCGAUGCUUUGGAAACCAAUGUGGGGAGAAAUAAGCCUGAGUUCCAGAUGUAUACUGCAUGUGCUGUCUUGCAAACUCCUAUGUCACUAUCACACCAAGACAGAUCUGGGACUCAGGCUAUAGGGGAAAAUUUUAGGAGAGUUCAAAUGUAUCCUGUGUGUUUAUCUAUGAGGUCAUUGCUAGUGUGAGGGGUUAUGAGGAGAGAGAGAGAGAGAGAGAGAGAGAGAGAGAGAGAGAGAGAGAGAGAGAGAGAGAGAGAGAGAGAGAGAGAGAGAGAGAGAGAGAGAGAGAGAGAGAGAGAGAGAGAGAGAGACAGAGAGAGACAGAGAGAGAGAGAGAGAGAGAGAGAGAGAGAGAGAGCGUGCACCUGUUUUAAUAAUGCCCAGAUGGGAGUCCUGUAGGAUUUGGGCCAGGUCCUGGCAUGCUUGUAGUGUGGGGGAAGUCCUUGGGCAUCACUGGGAUACUUCCUAAGGGAUUUGAAGAGGAUAUAUUUCACAUUACUCUAAUAGAGCCUUGCAGGUCUGCCCGCCUGCUGCCCCCUCAUGGAUUCUCACUCUCUGGAUGGCACUUCCUCUUUGGUCAACGAGACAAAGUGCUGGAGCAAACUGACACUGCAGCAGAAUGGCCAAGAAUAGCCUUGUGACAUUAUGUUGAGUCAGCAGGACAUUUUAAAUACAUGUUAAAUACAGUGCAACCAGAGUGUGUAUGGUUCCUUUAUAAAUACUUAAGGAGAUUGUGGUAUUUUCAGUCAUGUAAGAUUGUGUUUAUCUGUAUCAUUUGUGAAAACUUGUGGCACAUCUUGCAAUGUAUUUGUAGGCUCUUUAUUUUACAUAUACUUAAAAGUUACUUACACUAAAUAAUUUACAAUAGCUAACUAACAAUUAUCCUAUUAUAGCUUAUCUGAGAUAAUUCCACAUCUUCUAAUUUAACAGUCAAAACAUGUACACAGACUGUGUUCAGCGAAUCAGUGUAUCACUGACCCCAUUGGUGCGACAUAGUAACUACCCAACUAAGCAAUGUAUCCGUAAUACAACACGCAACACUUUUGCGACAUAAGCAUGCCGCAAUCAAUUAAUUUUCCAAACAGAAAAAUAUGUUGUGAUAGUAUACCCCCGCCCCCCACCCCCCGUCAGAGAUAGGACAGUGAUGCCACCUGCAGGAAAAAAAUACUAUGUUCGCUAUAAACUUUAGCAUGUAUUUGACCACAAGUGAAAAAAAACAACGUUUGCUGUAAAAUUGCUUAACGAACAGUUAAACAUUAUGGUGGAAUGGUGCAUUGUUUUCUACCCAAUAGCCAAACCAUGUGAAAGCAAUUAUCAGUACUUCGACGUCAUAACUUCGUUUAUUUCCCAAGUACUCUGAGCGAUAUAAAGGGCAACAAAAAUAUACAAAUACAAAGGACUUGAGCGUGCAGUAUAGGCUAGAUAUGAAGUAUAGUACAGUUUACUGUAGGCUAAUCCCCAUGAUCACAUUAACUGUAUAGAUUUACAGAAGCCGCAGACACUUUUUGGCUAUGCACAAUUAGUCCGGUAUACACCAACGGAUGUGGAAGAUUAUUAGGAUCAAAUUUGCUUUCACGAGACAUUGCAUGAUAAAAUCUAGGCAAUCAUAAGCAUGUUGCAAGUAAAUUACUUUCAUGUAAAAUAUUACAAGUUUAGUGUAGCCUCAUCUUAUUAUAUCAAAAUAUUUAAUCAUAAAAGCAUCAUACCUUCUCUAAAUCAUUUAGAAAACCAUUAUAUUUACACACGGUUUACGCACAUCCAAUACUUCACCUUAAUGCAACGGAUGACUGGAAACUCUAACAAAUAUAUUCAGAGUAACACAAAAUAGUUUUAAACAGACCUCUCAAGUCCAGCAUAUGUGUGCAUAUUACAUGAAAACUACAAUCCUCCUUAUAAAUCUCGUCAAUGACCGCGUUGAUAUCCAUAGGCUACAUGAACCUCUCAAUAUCUUUUUAGCAACCGUCGAUUCCAUCCCUAUCACUCAACAGAAUAUAUUCUUAGCAAUGGGGGAUAUUAUGGACUUUUUUCAAACGCACCUUUUAAGCAUCUUCAUUUAUGAAACUUUAAAUAGAUCGGGUCUCUUGCCAGUGGACAAUUAGACCCCCCCCCCCCCUCCCCGACCGGUGUCGGUUACAUUAUGCCUCGAAUAUCGGUUGACUGAAAGUAUAUAAGGUCAGCAGUAUCGAUGGGAACACCACUCGCUGCAGUCGCCUGAAGUCUUCUCUAUCAACCGUUCACCAAAGACAUCAGAGGUGAGUUUCCGUGCGGUGCUAAGGACGUACAGUAACCCAGGAUCCAGAAAGGUUGCAACAACAUCCAGGCUUUUGCUGUACAUUUUAUCCUAUGCGCACUGUACAAUUUACCUUAAACGUGGGACAGCAAGCCGUUGUGUCAUUCAAAACACCCAAAGACUGAGAUUUUGAUUCUGUACUUUUUGGCUUUAUUUGGACGCACACCGGAGCCAGAUGGAUUUCGACAAUUGCAAUUCAGUUUCUCAGAUGGAACGUUUGGAAUGCAACAUCAACAUCCUUAUCAAAAACCCACAUGUGCCGUGGGCUGCCUUAACCAUGGCCUAUCGGGUCUUUCCUUUUGGGAACCACUAAAAACGUUUCAAUUGGAUUUGAUAUGAAUUCCCAAAUUACACCCAUUGGUUGAGACAGAAACAUUUGAGGGCAGCUUGACACAUUCGAUUUGAUCUGUCCAAUUGCAUUAUAAUCACAUGGAUGGCACAGGGGGCUCCGCUAUUAUCAAAAGACCACCAGCCAAAUGCUAGUAAACAGUGGCUGGUCGAUUUUAAAUAUUUGUUUGACAUCCUGCGUAAUGCAGUGGAUAAUCUAUUAUAAAUGUAAUAAGAUGGGUUGAGUCGUGCUGACAUUUUGGCUGGUAGAAAGUCGGAGUGUUUGGUGAUUUGUUCAUCUUUUUUAGCAUUAUGUUUGUGCCCUGGUAUUGCACAAUAGAAUAAUAACUUAGUACUUACCUGGUAAUAACCUCUCAAAACAUGACGUAGAGUCAAUGCAGUGCUCAAUACUGAACGUUGACACGCUAAAUCAAAGUUGAAUUCAAGUAACAAUUUCUCCCCUUUUUCAACAUUCAGCUCAAAAUGGCCUGUGCCCAUCUGUGCAAGGAGGCUGACAUCAAAACCGCAUUGGAAGCUUGCAAAGGUAGAGCCUAGUUUGUUUACUUUUCCCCCACCUAAAAAGCCUUUUUAACCCAACUAUGUGGUAUGAUAAACGUCAAAUUAGCUAUAUGAACACACGAUUACCUCUCUAGUCUGUAGUUGCAUUAUGUGUUUACUUGCAGGUUAUACAGUAGGCAUAUAUCCUUUAUAUUUGCGUUACAGCCGCCGAAUCCUUCAACUUCAAGACCUUCUUCCAUACGAUUGGCUUUGCUGCGAAGUCCGCCGACGACGUCAAGAAGGCUUUCAAGAUCAUUGACCAGGAUGCAAGUGGCUUUAUUGAGGUGGAGGAGCUGAAGUAAGAGCCAUGCACCAUUACAGGACAAAUAACAGACAAUAGAUUAAAUCAAUGCAGGAGACUGUCACUGUAUCGGUGCGCAUGCAUUCUAAAUGUAAGUGUGCAUUAGUGCAUUGGCCAGCAUACAUUCAAAUGAAACUAAACCAAUAUUGGUGUCUGUGUCUCCAGGCUGUUCCUUCAGAACUUUUGCCCCAAAGCCAGGGUACUUACCGACGCCGAGACAAAGGCUUUCCUCAAGGCUGGUGAUGCGGAUGGUGAUGGCAUGAUUGGAAUUGAUGGUACGAAACAUAGCAUACAUGGGUUAAUCAAUGCGUUAAUCAAUGUUACUUGCAUAUUAAUAACGAUGUUUAGGACCUGGUUUCAAUCUAUUUUAAGGCCUAAGCUAGGAAAGUAAACUAAUGUUAUAAGACACUGGAAAGGGUUAAUGUUUUUUCUUUUCUUUUGCAGAGUUCGCUGUAUUGGUUAAGCAAUAAAGAGCAACUGACCAAGAACUCACCUGAAGGAACAAUAUUGGCCAAGACCUCCCCUUUUCAUCUGAAUAUAAAUAAUUUUUAUACAUUUUCUUGCAAGAAGUUUCCUCCUGUGCGGCACACUGUCCAAAAUUAUGAUUGUGAAUGUAGCGCGGAUGUAUUCAUGUCUUAUAUGAAUUUUGCUUACUGUAAAAUCUAUGAUGCACUUUUCAGGAAAGGACGAUAGAUAAAAAAGAAUCAAUAUUCUUUUGGAAUAAAAGGUCUUUGUAUUAUUUCCUAUUUAAUUAAUCAAAUGUGUUUAUCUGAGUUCAGAUGCCAUUAAUUUAACUUCACAUCCAUAAAAGGAACCGGUUUAUAUUAACUGUAAUUGAGUAAACGACUGCCAUUUUAUUUGCUAUAAAUUAUACAUAAUAAUUCAUGACACAUAGUCUAUUUGUCAUGUUUUGCUCAUAAAAAAACAGAACAAUCAUUGUGCAAGUACAAAUGAACGCACACUUUACGCACGAGGGUGCACAGGCACACACAAACCGAAGGAGAGAGAGAGAGAGACAGAGAGAGAGAGAGAGAGAGAGAGAGAGAGAGAGAGAGAGAGAGAGAGAGAGAGAGAGAGAGAGAGAGAGAGAGAGAGAGAGAGAGAGGACAAUACAAGUCAAUAAAAGAAAUACCAGCAUGGCACCAACUUAGUUUUGCCGCCCUCAUAUGAAAAUAGGUAACAGAAAUGUUCUACUUAAACAAUAGAUACAUCCAUAAUUUACAUCCUAUCCCAGAGUAGAGACAAGGAUUGAGGGUUCAAGUGAUUCCAAUUAUGUUUUAUACAGUACCUUAGAGCAGUGGUUCCCAACCAGGGGUACUAGGACCCCUGGGGGUCCUUGGCCUAUCCACAGGGGGUACUUGAGAAUACUCAUAAGACCAUAGGCCUACUGGUAAAAUACACAUGUGGGGGUACUCCAGGGGUACUCCGGGCAGAGCAAAAUUCAGUUGGUGGUACAUUAAACGAAAAAGGUUGGGAACCAGUGCCUUAAGAGUCUGCAUACAUAUAUGGACAAAACACAUGCUUCAAUAUGUUUUAUAAUGAAAAAGGUUGGGAACCAGUGCCUUAAGAGACUGCAUACAUAUAUGGACAAAACACAUGCUUCAAUAUGUUUUAUAAUGUUUUUAGUCAAUCAAAUGUAUGUAUAAAGCCCUUUUUACAUCAGCAGUUGAUUGAUUGAUUGUCAACAAGUGUUCCUGCUGAUCUCAUCAAAUGCGUCUCUAUGAUUUGAUGUCCGGUGUCCAGUGGGCCUAACGACAUUACUAAGGAGCCCCACAUGGGAGUAUAGUCUAUGCGUCGGCGUUAUGAGUCCACUAGAUGGUGGCAAACCCAAAGACAGUGAGUAGUCUUCCCAAGGCAGCGUUUCCCCUAAAUAGAGACAGCGGUGCGUAUUGGGGUGUAUUCAGGGAAGUUAAACGCUCUGAACGUUACAAAUAGAAAUAUAAUGAAUAGAUAUGAUACGAUUCCCUCGAUAGGUUACAUUGCUUUCUGAACGUUAACGUUAAUUACACUCUCCUGAACAGGUACAGUGAUACUGAUGGUUUGUCGGGACUGAUGGUUAAUUGACAACUGUAACAUUUUAGCUAAACCUAACCCAACUACGGAAAGAAGUGACUUCACGUAGCAGGUUAGAACUAACGCAGCAGGUUAACAGAAUUAACGCAGCAGGUCAGGAUAAUUAACGUAGGCCUAAUUAAAGGGUUAGGGUUUGGCUUGGCUAAACUGCUAGUUGUCAAAACAUUUAUCCCCGACGCUACAACUAGAUGGAGCUGUACUCCAUCUAGCCACAACCGUAGAAACCAUCAGUCACGACAAACCAUCAGUAGGCCUAUCAUAUAACAAUGGCCCCUGAUGUGUGUUUGAAGAGUCACGUUAAAACGGAGGACGAACCAUGAAACAACAUCUCGUGCAGCUUUUGAAACCAUACGCCCACAAAACUGGAACACUAACAGCCAUUGAUUUAGGCAACUAUAACCAUGUCAGGCAGAGCUGUCUGGUUUAGUCAUUGCCUUUUGGUAGGGCAUUUGGCGCUAUAGCUACACUGUCAAGAGGAAAAAGUCGAUGCAAACAAACAGAAAACAGCGCUAAUAACAUUCGAAUAUGAUUUAGCACCACGGGACAGCGGCAAUCGGAACCCCCUGCGAUCAGAUGUUUCAGGACCAUGUUCAUAAUGUAAUGUAAUCAUAAUACACUGAAGUCAGAUAACUUAUGCAGUUAGCCUAUUAUCUAGAACUGCAUAUGUUAUGUCUACACAUUUUUCAAUUUGAUUUAACCGAACAAGCAAAACACACCCGUUUCUUCCGUGGCAACGGUAACGGAGCAUCUCUAAUCCGUUUCUGUUCGACACCGGAUGAGCCAGGACAAAUGACGACUAUCCUGCCCAUGUACGCUUGUAAAGAAAAUUAGCAAAUGAAUAAAUUACCGCCCAGUAACCGUAUAGGCGACGAGGUAUCAGAAUGGCGCACAACAUCACCGCAUGUUGGUAAGGGGCACCGCUCGAUCCGAUGUCCUCCUCAGUCUCUCUUUCACAUAGGACCAGGGACAGGGAGAGCCUAUUGAGUUUCCACUCAUGCAUCUGCCGCUGGAGCCCCAAAUCCUAGAAAGAGGUUUCGGACAUUGGACAUGGAGACGCUAGUCGCACUAUUGCUCGUUCGUGCGCCCAGUCACAAAAUGUGAUUUAAAAGGUCAGGCUGUGACUGAGCGAGCUGCAGGAGUAGUUUUAAUUAUUUUAAUUACAAACCUUGCAUUAAUGAACUACAUUUAUAUAAAAAUAACCAUAAAGUGGUCCCAAGGGAAAUGUUUUCUCCUCAUGCGUACAUGUUUGGAGAGUUAGUGGAAACGCAGCGUAUAGCCUACACACUAUCCACACCAACUCUCCCACCAAAAUAUGCACCAGAAUAAAACAACAAUAUUAAGCAGUGAAAAUACAAGCCUAAUAUGUCCUAAAGGAUUAGUGAUCUAGCCUACUGUUCUUUUAAGCGCACGUGCCCACUCGAUCAUUUCAGCAGUCAUGCAAUUAAUUUAUGCAUAAAAGUACAAUAAAUGUAAUAACCGUGGGGCUAGAACACUGUAAUAUCAGUCUAAAGGUUCAUUUUACUUGGAAUUUCAGCCUACAUAUGCAAGGUACGUUUAAAUAAGGUUCACUUGACCUGUCCUUGAGCGACCUUUACCCAUCUACUUUGCACGACACACUAUAACGCCUGCGGUCUGGGAGGGCUCGCGCGGUCGCCAGCUGACGCGCUCGACCGCUGCCUGCUUCCGCUGCUGCAGCUGUGUUGGGCAGGUGCCAAGUACUGUAGUCUAUAAAUCCCCCCCCCGCGCGCGCCGCGGUUUCUCAUUGAAUUGAACAGCUUGCAAGCUGGUCUAUGAUUGUUGUCUGCCCCCGGCUAUAGGGGAUAUUCAGCGAAAUCCCUACCUCAAAGGGUGUCCAUUUCUUGUUGAGUGGUGCCACUUGUUAUUAAACUUGCCGAGAGAAUUGUCAAGGCUAAAUGUCAGACUUUGUUUCAAAACUUUAAUGAUGAGAAUCAUAACAGGAUUUGAAUUUGAUAAAUAAUUAGAUACAUCUUUUUUUUAAUAAUAAUUGGAUAAAUAAUAUAAUUUAUGUCGAUUUUAUAUUUAAAAGGACACAAAUCAGAUGCUAUCUGUAUUAUUGAUGACAUCCUGUGCAGUGCACUGUCACCCCAAUACGAACACAUGCACACCUUUACAGUGAGAAGUGAGCACACAUGCACAUUGCACACCUUCAACUUUCCCCUUGUCCAAUUAUGAAUAAUAGCUGUUCUCCACAGUCCAGAAGCAGGGUAUACUCCAAGGGAUAUGGUUAAUGAACUCGCCGCAGACCUCUCCAUUCACUUCUACAUACAGCGACAUUGUUUUAGGGUUGUCCUCUGAAGGUAUAGGAAUUCUGCCAAUGGUCACAUUUUACAUACUGCCCAAAUACAGUAUUACAUUUCACUGCUUCAAUAACACUGUGAGGAAUUGCAAAGAUAAGCAUUGUUCUAAAUGGAUCACUCUGUUAGAUCUGCUAACGCCCAGGGUCGCCCCUGCGGCCAUAUCUAGUGUGGCCAUUUAUAUCUGAGGGAUGGCCUGAGUGACCUCAAUAGACAAGAUGCAAUCUCUCUCUCGCUCUCUCUCUCCCCCCAUUUCCCAAACUCUAUUCCAACACAGACGCCAUAGGCAAAUGUGUGUGUAUGUGUGUUUAUGCGUGUGUGCAUGUGUGUAUGGACCCUAAUUGACAUUACAUCAUCAUGCACAAUCAAGUGGGACAUUGAAAAACAGGGUAACCUUGUGUCCUUUAAUCAGCACACUGGACAAAAUGAUAGCUCAAUAUUUACCCCCGUCUGGUCUGUAGUGCGAGAGAAGGUUAAAUAUAUCGUCAUGAUGACAUUCCGUGAUAGGCAACCCCUGUUGUGUGUGUAUCUGUGGAGUUUAGUAGUAUUAGAUUUGCAGAGGAUAAUCUAACCCCAUCUGGUGGGUCCAACAGAGUAGCAGGGUUUGAAAAAUGUGGGCUGUUUAAAUCCAAAUGAGGGCACAUUUUUUGACAGAUUUGCAGGAGAUUUGGACCAGAGCGUUCGUUCUCAGGGGGCUGUGGGCUACUACACCACACAAUGGCCGCACUUUAUCUCCCCACAAAUUGUUCAACAUCCAAUAUCCACAUAUCCAGUUAUACACUUUAUAAUUGAAUGUGGUUUAUUGGAGCUUGACUUCUCCCUGAAUGCAGCUUUCUUUCUCACUGAAUGACCUUUUUCACUGAGGACAAUAUACUGUAUGUGUGACACAAAUACCAGCUCUGGGACUGCUUGUAGAGAGACAGACAGACAGACAGACAGAGAUUAGCCUUGUUUAUACCUUGCGCUAACAUGUGAGUUUCGUGAUAUGAUCAAUAUGAUCCAAUAACUAUCUGAUCAAGGUUUGUCACAUCUACACAUUGUAUUAAAAUAUGUCUCUUAUCCCUUCUCCCUUACCCAGCUUACCCUCCACUGUGUCCGCAUUGUGAACAGAUUAGCUGGUACCUCCCUGUAUGCAAAUUAUUUGACAGAUAUUCUAAAUAAUAUGGAUUUAUUUACUGAUGCAAUAAGUCAAUGGUGCUACCUGUCAAUGAUUUUAGAGGCCAGUACAAUGCUGAUUUAAAUGAUUUGACCAUGCAGAUCUGUUUAUACUUGAUUGAUAUCCAGACACAAUGCCUGCCUGUCUUUUAAUCUUCCUGUGUAGAAAUUUGGGCAUAAUCGGAAUGUGGACAAGAUCAGGACAACGGGCGCAUGUUAGCACCAGGUAUAAACAGGGCUAGAGAGACUGCACAUUUUUGUACCAUAGUACUGUAUUAUAAUUCGAGAAGGGAGGGAGAGGGGGAGGAGGACUGGAUUAGGUGUGGGUGGGAGGAGGGGAUAUAGAAUAAUGCACUGAUGACUUAAUUUGCCAUUUACAAGGGCGUUACUGAUGUCCAAAGUAGUCAGUCUAUGGUCCUGCCCAUGGGCGUUAUAAAAGGGUAAAGGUGAAUUAGUUAGGGAAGAAAUUUGAUCAGGGACGGGCAGUUAAAAUUUGAUACUCAGACAGGUAAUUCAAGCAUUCCCUAUUGUCACCGCAAUCAGACCUAUAUAAAUCGUCUCUGACGGACACCAGUCACCACAUAGCCUUCCUUACUCCUCUCUUUUGGAUCAACGACCGGGCAAGAACCUCAACGCGGUAAGUUGACUUUGCGCUCUGAACUGGACUCAGGGGAGUCAUUCUCUGCCACUUUGAGUGAUAGAAAUUGUUCUUUUUUUCUUAUUCACUUCGUUUGUGUUUAUAAUGAGUAGUUUACUUGGCUUUAAUGUUUAGACAAACGAUGUUUAGCAGCGUAUUAGACAAAGUUGUGCCAUAUUUUCUUUUUAGGAAGUAUCUAAUUCAUUCUUUGCUAUCCGUUUGAGCAAAUACUUAUUUAAAUGGUAGUUGAUAAACUGGCGUAUAACCAUUUGUUAGCCUUGGGUCAAUUUGACUGGGAUAUUUAACUUCAGACACUGAAGAGAGUUCCCAUGCAUCUGUGCAUUAUCUGUGCGCCUUGGGACGCUUUGGUACGCGCAGGGUGACAGAGACAGUGUCCUGAACGUAUUCAGGGCAGACUAAAAAUCAUUUGCCAGUAGUGGUAUUUGGAGUAGGCCUACCUAGCUUUUGUCAACGAAUCAGAUCAAGCAACAGGCUCAGGGGAAUUACUGAGAAAUUAUGUCAACACAACUGUUAUGUGCAUGAGCUGAAUCAAUAGACCUUAGGCUAUAUGCGUGUCAGUUAUUGGCUAUGUUUUAUAGGCAUGUGAAACUGUACUUAAGAUAUGCUAUCCAAAUAAUUAUAAUAUUCUGCACCAGCCAAACCAACGUCUUGUGUCUUCAAAGAAGAAGCAGCAUGCAUUGCUGUUUAGCCGACCUGACUAAUUGUGUUAAUAAUUCACCACUGUUGUUUCUUCAACAGGAUUAAAAUGUCGCUCUCAUCUGUCCUUUCGGCUGAUGCCAUCGACGCAGCUAUGAAGGACUGCCAAGGUAUCAUCUUCCACUAAUAUCAUUAUUGCUUUCUUCAUUAGAUUCCUUCACCACAUUAGUGGUAGCCUAGGCAAUGGGCAGAUUCACUAUACUAAAUAAAAUAAAAUAAGGUCGUCCAUUGUUGAUGUCAAACAAAAAACAGAAGUAUAGGCCUACUUAGGUGGUAUAAAAUGAGGCCUAUUUUAGAGAAAACAACAUUUAGGCUACAGUAGACUCACACACCAAACCCCACAAAAGCAUUUAGGACAGAACAGAUGGCAGGUGUCUCAGUCAGCUUUUUUGUCCCUAAAUGUAUCAGGAGGAAUUAUAAUGCAAACAAUUGUCUUCAUUUAGACUGAGUUUUUGAAUGAAUGAAAAUGUGAUGUGCCUAUGAGUGAACUAAACUAGACUAAACAGAUGAGUUGGUUUUUUGAAUCAGCCGCAACCUGGUCUCAGAGCAUUUCGUAUUAUUCUGUACGUAAAUCUGAGACCCUCCUUUUAGUAUGAUAUGUUAUGAAUUACAAUUCGUAUUAUAUGUUACAAAUUUGCAAAACCUACAAUAUGCUACGAACUUGCAAAAUGUACAAUACGUUACGAAUUCGCAAAACUUAUGAUAUGUUAUGAAUUCUAGCUAGGUGGCUAAAAGGGUUAGGGUUAGGGUCUGCGUUAGUUUGCAUUCUUCCACUAAGCCUAUCUCCACUUCCUACCCCCACUUCCUCGUUAACGACCUAUACCAGAGCUAAGGCCGAACACGCCUGUUAAUUUUCUCAUGUCAUCCUUACCCCAUCAGCACCGGACUCCUUCAACUGUAAGAAGUUCUUCCAGCAGUGUGGUCUGACCAAGAAGAGUCCCGCGGACGUGAAGAAAGUCUUCGGGAUCCUGGACAACGACGCCAGUGGCUUCAUUGAGGAGGAGGAACUGAAGUGAGUCGGCUACAAUUGUUGGACUUUUAGUUAGUGAUGAACUACAAUCUUUGUGUUCUUUCUACUACAAUAUUUAGGCCUAAAGAAAAUAGCCCAUAUAUUCUUCUUGAAGCAGCAUAGGCCUAUAUCAUCCUCUGUAGGCCCUAAACGUGUUAGGCUACCUGUAAUUUUGCAAAGGUUAUCAUUUUUGAUCAUCAAUCUUGUUCUGGAGACAGCUCUGCAGUGGUCACUAGCUGGCACAGCCACAAAGUCAUCAAAUCUGAUUUUAAACCUAACCCCAACCUUUACCCUACCACACUGCUAACCCUAAUGCCUAACCCUAACCUUAAAUCAAGACCAAAAAGCAAAUAUUUGUUUUCAUGCAUUUUUUUUACAAUCUAGACAAUUUUGACUUUGCAGCUGGCCCAUCUAGUGGAAAUCGCUCAGUUCGGCCUCAAGGACAACACUCAUCCCAAUAAACGUCAACCUAACUUUGCUCGAAAUAGGCUACUUCUUGAAGAUAGGCUUUGUAAACUUGCACAUCUUUACUAGUGCACCCCCAUCAAGAGAUAGUCAAUUGUCAUAAUGAUGGCAUAUUAGGCCUGCUUUCAGUAAGCAUGUCCUCUACAACUCCUACACUUUUUUUUUCAUGAAACUUUUUAAAAUUUCUUUUAGGACAGAUCCUUGAGGUUAAAAUCCUCUUUUAAAAGGGUGACCGCCAUAGUUUGUCUGAGAUAUAUGGCUAAAACAAUAUCCAUUCAUCUAUUCAUCAUUAAUGUCCGAUCGGUUUGCUUUGUAACCCAGACAAUACUACCUCCUCAAUAUCUGAAGGGUUCUGCUGCAGAGCGGUGUAUUGUCAUGGCAACUGUGUAGAAUAGCCCAGUCAAAGUAAACAUGGUAUAUUAGGGGUCUCAUGGUGUGUGUGUGUGCGUCUCAGGUUCUUCCUCCAGAGGUUCAACCCCGGGGCCCGUGUCCUGACUGAAAAAGAGACCAAGGCCUUCAUGUCUGCUGCUGAUGACGACAGCGACGGCAUGAUUGGAGCAGAUGGUGUGUAUCUUACACUAGUUUGGUGAUGAUGAUGAUGAUGAAGAAGAUAAUAACGAUUAUCAUGAUGAUAAUCACAAUGAUGUUGUUGUUGUUGUCGUCGUUGAUGAUGACGGCGAUGAAGAGGUGGAUGAGAGUGUUGUUUGAUUAUGUCGAUGGCAAUUUGAAGGAAUGAUCUCAUUCGAUACCAAAUCAGUUGAGAUUGUACAGGUCUGAAUCUGGUUGUGAAUCUGGCAACGAUUGCAAUAUGAUAGUAAGCAGGUUACAGAAUGGUAAUUGCCAAUGGGUAAUAUAAAUAGUUUUUACAGUUCUACAUUGAACCUCCUCUGUCAAUUGCACUCUCAAUUACAGUAUACAGUGUAGUAUCUUGGUAAAAUUUUCUCAAAUGUGUCUCCUUGCAAUGAUUCCUUGAGUUGGUUGAGAAGUCACUAUGUCCCAAAUUCAUUCAUUGAGUUAGUUGAGAUGUCACUAUGUCCCAAAUUCAUUAAUUGAGUUGGUUGAGAUGUCACUAUGUCCCAGAUUCAUUAAUUGAGUUGGUUGAGAUGUCACUAUGUCCCAGAUUCAUUAAUUGAGUUGGUUGAGAUGUCACUAUGUCCCAAAUAACAUAUUUUCUUCAUGAAUAGCUAAUUAUUUAUCUUCCUGUCUUAACUUUCUCCCCACAGAGUUCCAGGCCAUGGUCCUAUCCUGAAUACCCGGAUAACACCCUCCAUACCUCUUUCUCCUCGCCCCACUCCAGCGCUAGGAUUUAACACUUUAGUUUUCCAUCUGUCCAUGUAUUUAGAAACAUUGAUUAUUUUUUGCAAGCCUCUGGUUCAGACUAUCUACAACUCUCACCCGAUUUUUAUUUUUGCUUUUUGCAUACGUUUAGACAGGUCAUUAUAUUAUCCCCCAAAAUGUAUCACUUACUAAAUUACUGAGAAAAUAAAAGAAUAAAAUACAUUCUAAAAUCUC